CUGGAUCCUUUACUCUCGCAUUAACCCAGAACAAGAAUGUCCCUGGUCAAGAUACCUUUCCUCCUACUAUCGACUCUAUCACUUCAGGUGGGGAUGACACCACCGAACCGUCCUCCUCCUCCGACAGAGCAGUACAUUCCUGACAAAGGUAAACGAGCCGCUCAUACCGGGGAGGUCAUCCUCCGACGAAUCCUCACUGCAGGCGGACCAGUCACCUAUUUCAAGAUGAUGUUCUGGAUCGCCUUCAUCCUUGAGUCCCUCGUCAUCAUAUCAUCGACGUACGGGGGAGCUCCGGUCUUCAAUCGCAUCCUCCUGAUACACCCAACACCCGACUCUAUAACUCGAAUCACCAGACCGACAUACACCUUCCUUCUAUGCGCCGUGCUGAUCGUGAUAGGGGGAAUCAUCCGUGUACAUUGCUUCCGUACCCUCGGCGCAUCAUUCACGUUCGAACUGAGCGUGCAAAAAGAUCAAAAGUUAAUCACAUCCGGACUAUACUCUGUCGUUCGCCAUCCUUCAUACACAGGAGCUGCGAUAAGCGUUGGUUUCGCCGCUCUUCAGCAGCUGUCCCGUGGUUCGUGGGUUCGGGAAAGCGGAAUCCUAGACAAUCCGUGGGGCAGACCCAUCAUGCUUGUUUGGUUCGGGGGGAUGGCAAUCAUGAUUGGGACUCUGAUGAUGCGAAUAAAGUCAGAGGAUGAGAUACUGCAAAAGGAGUUCGGAGACAAGUGGGAAAAGUGGCGGGAAGAUGUACCAUAUAGGUUAUUCCCUGGGGUGUAUUGA